UUGAGUGCGAAGUAAUCAGUUGACCGUUCAGACAUUCGAAGUAGUGUAGUGUUUUGAAAAAGAAAAAUAUUUUUAAAAAUGAGUGCCAUUUUUUAUACGUUUCUUCUGGUCCUUCAGAUAGCAAUUAUUCAGAGUACAAACCCCAGAGAGUACGGAAAAUGCGAUGUCCGGGACUCAGACUGCCUUACCAAACAGGUCCAACUCCGGGUACCAGAAAUAACCUCGGACCUAAUAGCGGAGAUCGCAGCGAGACAUCUUGACCCACUGAUCAUAGACGUUGCUGAGAUUGACAUCGCUGGUGUCAAAAUUAAUUUCUACAAGGCUGUGCUACGUGGAAUCAAGAACGUCGUGAUUGAAAGCGUGGAAUUGGACUCUUCGAGAAGACAAAUGCGAGUGGUAGCUCACACCGACGCCAUUGUUAAAGGACGUUACAGUGUCGAUGGAAACGUCCUCGGUUUUGUUAUUAAUGAAGAUGGUGAUGCAGAGAUUAACUCCAAAAACUUCCAAAUUGGUUACGUGAUGCCGUACGAAAUCGUCAAUGACUCCAACGGCAAGGCUGUCUUCGACCUUAAGAGUUACUCCUUCUCUUAUGAUAUUAAAGACAGCGUGCAGUACAAUUUCACCAACUUGUUUAAGGGAAACAAGGGAUUAAGUGACUCUAUGCAUCACUUCCUUAACAGGAACACUGGAUGGUCCAAGGUCCUAAUCACAACCUACGGAAAACCUCUUCUAGACAUGAUUGCUGGAAAGAUGUUCAACGCUUUUAGGUCAUACCUUUUAGUGCAUCCCAUCGAUGAGAUGGUCUAUUAGAUUAGUACAGGAUAAAUAUUCACAUGCUGAAAUAAAUAAAUAAUAAUGCGAACUCGUCAAAGCAGUUUUGACAGUUCAACCUUUACUUUUGUUCGAACUAUUCAACAUUUUCAUGUCAUAUUAGCUGGAUAAGUUUUUAUUGAAUUUAUCACAAUGUCUGAACAUGUUAUGUUAAUUGCAAUUAAGUCGCAUUAUUAAAAGUGCCUCAACACGAUUUUCAACUCCAGCUGUAUGUAUGCAAAAUAAAUAAAAUUGUUUGUUAUUAAUAGGUGAUCAGGUCAUCUAUUAUCUAUCGAUAUGUUUACUUAAAUCGUUUUAAUAGUGUAAAUUCUUCUGUAUGUGUACUAUAUUUUCAGUUAUGUUUGUUAUGUUCUGUACUUUGUAGGAUAAUAAAAUUU